CGCCCGUAAAAUACCAAAAGCGUCACCGAGCACAAACUCCCAAAUCCCAUACUGGUGUGCGUACUCGGGGAAUUCCCUGUUCGAUGCUUUUUUUUAAACACUCCCAUGCUUGCUAACGCGCUAAACAUUACAAACUUGUUCUCGCAUAGCGAUGAAACGUGUGGCCAUGUAGUUGUCGGAACGUUAGUUAUCUCGUCUUCGAGCCAGUUGUGGUAGUAUGCAAAACAGUGAUGCGUUUAUUUUGUUUGCGACGACCGAGCCUAUCAGCAUCAAAUCAUCUCUUGUGCACUUGGGUCUUCCGAAACGAGCAGAGUGUUGUGGAGUGGAGCUGUUCGUCAUAAGUGGAUUGUGUAGUAAAAAUGAUAGCUAAAACAGUAGCAGUGUCACUGGCAAUUCUGUUUGUUGCUAUCAUCCACGAUGCCGCUACCUCACCCCGACUGGUAUGUUACUACACCAACUGGAGCCAUGGUCGUCCAAAGGAAUACUCCUACCAAAUAGAAGACAUACCGGGUAAUCUCUGUACCCACGUAGCCUACACCUUUGUCGGUGUUGAGGAGGACACAUCGGAGCUGGUGUCCCUAAAACCGGACUUCGAUCACGUUCAAAAUGGGUUUGGACGAUUUAGGGACCUUAAGCUGCGCUUUCCCAACCUGAAGCUGAUCGUUUCUGUAGGCGGAUGGACGCAUGGUGGUGGUGCUUUCAGCAAAAUGGUUUCGACGAGGAACAGCCGCGCAAAGUUUGUCGCGAGCGUGGUGGAGUUCAUGGAAAAGUACAACCUGGAUGGUCUCGAAAUCGUGUGGCUCUGGCCAGGUGCACCCGAGCGCGACGGAAAGAAGCAGGACAGGGACAAUUUCUACUAUUUGGUGGAUGACUUGAAGCACGGUUUUCAGCGGGCCGGAAAGCCGUGGGAGGUAUUGGUGCAGGUUCCGGUAGAUCGCGCUCGGCUCAUCACAGGAUAUCAUCAAGAUUCGCUUUGCCAAGUUGCCGACUAUCUUCACCUGGCUGGAUAUGACCUACGGGGACCGUGGACCGGUUUUGCGGAUGUGCAUAGCAUGCUAAAGCGGCGGCCUCACGAUCUGGACUAUUUUUACACAUUCAACAUUGAAGAUGGCGUCGACACGUGGUUGAGCCACGGAUGUAGGGCCAAUCAGAUUGUGAUCGGUCUUCCUGUCUAUGGUCGCAGCUAUACAUUGAGCAGCGCGACUGAAACCAGUCCCGGAUCCAGUGCUAGCGGUCCCGGCCCAAAAGGACCAUUCACCAACGAUCCAGGGCUUCUGGGAUAUUUUGAGAUAUGCGAGAAGCUUAAAGAUGGUAACUGGACGAUGGGAUGGGAUUCGGUGGCUCAAUGUCCUUACACCCAUCGCGGCGAUGAGUGGAUUGGGUACGAAAAUGAGCGCUCACUCGAGGAGAAAUCCAAAUGGGUGACCGAAAAAGGAUUGGCAGGUAUCUAUGCCUACACCCUGGAUUUGGAUGAUUACCGAGGUAAAUGUGGUGAACCGUACCCACUAGUAAGAAAACUUUACAAAUUUAUUGAAAACUACCCAAAGACAGAUGAAGACUUCGAUUUUGCUAUAUUCCGUUUGUGACGUAGGGAGCACAUAUUAGUUUAAUGCAUAAUCUGAAAUAUAAGUCCAUUUUGACGCAUUUGGUAUCAUAAAUCGAUGGCUUU